CACUCCCGUUUUCUUCCUCUUCUUUGUUGUUUCGUAGGGCUACAAACAGAUCCGGCGGCGGCGGCUCCUUCUGGACGGUGUGCAAUCUGGAGGACGGCUGCUCUCUACCGGCUGCUGUCCUGUGUUCUCCGACGAAGCUGUGCGCGGGUCAGACCUACGGCGGCAGCUCCUCAAUUCAGCGGCGACGGCGGCUCCUCAACCCGGCGGCGGCGGAUCUCAGACAGCGGCGGCGAUUUAGAAGGUGGGUACUGGGCGGCGCGACCAGCUGCUCGCGAAGCCCUACCCAGCGCCUGCGGCGGUCGGCGGGAGACCAAGGCUGCGCGACAGCGGCAGCGAGGCAACCCCAAGGCUGCGGCUCUCUCCCCUGCUGCGCGACUCACUCCGGCGCGGCCCUCACACCGGCGACUGUUCAGAUCCUAGCAGUGGCUAUCACAGAUCCGAACGAAACGGACGGACGCUCCUUCCUCUUCUCAGAUGGCACACGGUUCUUACUCCAAGAACCCUGGUGACAGCUUCUCGUUAUUCGUGUUCUCGUGUUGAACAACCAGGCUCUGAUACCACUUGUUGGGGAUUAUGCACGCAACACACACAAAUAUCUGCGAGAAUCAAGAGAGAAACGGAACACAAACGACACACAAGAAUUUAUCGUUUGUGUUCCGUUUCUCUCGUUUCUCGUAGAUUAUUUGUGUGUGUUGCGUGUUUAAUUCCCAACAGCUUUUUCUAUUGAUAAGACUGCCUCGUAGACCUGAUACAUUGUUGGCCUUUGAUUGGGCAUGAAUUUCACACAGUUCUUGGCUAUUUCCAGGAACUGUGAGAUUACAUCAUCAAAUCCUGUGUGUUUUAGCACCCCAUCUAUUUCCAGUGAACUGGUUGUGGAGUUUCUGCCAAACAUAACCUUUGUAGAGAAGCUCAGUUCAUAUGCCUCCUUUCUGGUUAUAAGCUCCAGAAGUACAAUUCCAAAACAGUACACAUCUUUGCUGAAAGGGCUGAAGUUGUCUGGACACUCAAAAACACUCUCGGAAACACUCAAGCUUGAAGUAGUAGUGUCACCGUUGGAGUUCAAGACACUCGCCUCCCAGAAUUUUGAUAUUUUUGGCUCAAAGUCGCGAUCCAGCAGUAUGCAUUUGGAGCAUAAACCAUUGUGCACCACAUUCAAGUGACAAGUAUAAUGAAGCCACGACAAGGCUUUAGCUACACCGACCGCGAUCUUCAUCCUUUGGGGCCAAGACAAGGCUUUCGCCAUGUCCUCUGUUGAAUGUAGCCAGUGGUGCAGACUACCAUUCAGCAUGUACUUGUAGACCAGAAGCUUUUCUUUCCCUUGGUAGCAAAACCCAAUAAGGGGCACUAGGUUUUGGUGCCUCAGUCUACCUAAAGUCAUGAUCUCAGAGGCAAACUCUUCGUCCAAGUUCUCUGUUUGGUGAAGCCUUUUGAUGGCAAGGAGCCAACCGUUAGGGACCAAUGCCUUAUACACUUUCCCCAGAGAUCCAUACCCAAUUUCAUUUUCAUGACUAAAAUUGUCUGUUGCCCUUUCCAUUUCCAUGAAGCUCAUUCUUGGGACAUACUUUUCCAAUUUCAUAAUCUGAUUUAAAGACAACUUUCUGUUAGGCUAUGUACAUAACCAAAAUGCGUGAAAGAAUAAUUUGAUCAAUGAUGUGUAGCUCUUACCAUGCGGUUGGUAUCAAUGCCUUCUUGCUCUUGAUUAGCCACUGUUGUGAUGUUCACUCUUGCAUUCUUUCGUCUAAACAAACUUGUUCUUGUUCUUACAGCAUGGGGGAGUCCAAAGAGGCCAAGAUACAAGGCCAGUGUCAUGAAAAGUGCCGAACCAAUUGAAAAGCCACCAAUGAAGGAGUCACGACUGGUGUCAUCCUCCGUGGAAGGAUAUUUGCACCUCUCUAAGGAUGGAGCCCCGCAAAGCCCAGAGUUAUUAGCAUAGCUAACAUCAGUAGUAAGGGCUCCAAAAUUUGGAACAGGCCCUGCCAACCUGUUAUUUGCCACACGGAAAGUCUUGAUCCGUCCCAAAAAUCCAAGCUCAAGUGGGAUUUGGCCUGUCAGCUGAUUGUUUUCUAGGUUGAGAACAUUUAGGAAUGUACAGCUUGCCAUGUUCUCAGGAAUCUCUCCGGACAAGUUGUUGGAGGAUAGAUCCAAUGUUGUAAGUUUGCUGAGGACCUUUGAUAUAUUAGAAGGUAUGGUUCCAUGUAUCUGGUUGUUUGAAAGAUCCAACCCUGUUAAGAAGGAACACAUUUCUAGUCCCAGAGGAAAUGGUCCCUUAAGUUCCAUGUAAGGGAAGCGGAUAUUGAGAACUUUAUUCUCAUUAAUGUGCCAGCAAUCAAUACCGGUGAACUUGCAAAUAUACCCUUCCGUUUUGUUGGUGAAGUCCCAAUUACUUAGGAAACCCUUAGGAUCUUCCAAGGAAGCUUUGAUUGAUUUCAAGCAUUCGAUGUCGCUCUGCAAUGCCUCAUGGAUUGGCACAAAGAAGACAAGAAGCAGCAGGGGGUAUGAACAAGUGACCCAUUUGGCUAAGAUUGUGAUAGGUUGAUAGGGAACAUCAAGAUGUGAAACCAGAGAGAAAAUUUGUGACAAGGAAGAUCUGGGUGUAAACAAAACAUGUAAAGCAAGGAGCAAUGCAGUGAAGAUUCAUCCCGUGGAAGUGAAUAAGAUCCGGACUUGACUACAACAUUGACAAGAAUCAGAGUGUAAUUUUUAAUUUUUAGUUCUUACUAUUUCGAUAAUGCAUUUUGUAUUGACUAAAAUAUGUUUGCUUGCUUGAAUGAUUUUGUAUUUAAAAAAAGAAAUAAAUAAAAAAUUGCCUACGGUUUCUGUAAAUUU